GAUAGGAGGCAGCGAUAAGAACUCCAUUAGGCCAGUUGCAAAAUUAGGUUGCUUGUUAAUGACGAAGUCGUCAACGAACUGUGUUGAAAAUUACUGUCAAAGAAUUAGCUCUACCAAUAUUUUUCUCACACAAAAGACGCAGAAAAGCCUAGUCGUGAAAAGGGGAAUUCGAAUUUUGGACCAUUAUCAAAAGAACACUCUGAGUGAUCAAUAUUGCAUUGCGUGGAUAUUAUUUGUAUCAAAAUUCGCGAUUUUGUUAUGGAACGCCUUAACUGAAACUUUGAUGUUCUAACACAGUGUCCAAUAUUAGCCUUGAGAGUGAUUUUGUGAGGCAGGAUUUUAAAGUCUCCUGGUGUUCUAAACAGAGGUCUUGCUUUUGUUUAUUUACUAAAAACCAAAACGUUGCUAUGUGAGGGGUCGCUGUUGACAAAUCAGUGCCUCACCUUUAAGUUUCUGUCGCCUUCAAGUUUCUGUCACCGAACGCUCUGACAAAUUGAAAUGCCUACGUCCAGCAAAGCAAAAGACAUCCUCAGCAGUUUCUACAAAUCUAGUGCAAAUGAAUAUGAUGACUAUGGCGAAGAUUUUGAAGAAUCGGCAGAUAAUUCCGACGGUGAAACGUUCGGGAACGGGAAACUGGAAACGAAACCCUUAGCUGGAAAAAAAUCGGAUUCUUUUGAAAGGGACAUGACUGAGACAACUCAGGAAACAUUUAAUUUCAGAAAGAGAAAGGAACAGAGCUUUGCAUCGAGCACUGGCUAUACCGCACGAGGAAAUACACGUAGUCAACCACUAACAGCCCGAGAUAAGCAGUCAGCAGCCGGUUAUGGAAGACAUAGAAAGGCACGAACAGUAGCAGGUUCCAGUCAAGGAAAAGGCUUAACAAGGAUGGCAUAUGACAAACCAAAAAGUGACAGAGUUGUUGUCAAAAGAGUAAUGUCUGCAAACCGUAACAAAGUUAAUGCCCUUCAGAAUUUAGUUAUGGAACUAGAAAGUGAAAUUGAGCAGCUACGACAAGAAAAUCGUGAUUUGAAAAGAGAGUCACGCAUUCAUGAAAAAACUAUCAGGAAAUAUGACAAUGAGGAGGCUGAAGUUCCAUUCUUGAUUCAAAAACACAAUUCUGAGGUCAGAGUUCUACGAGAGAAAUUAAAGAAACAAAGAAAUUCGAUGGACAGAUCACAGGAGGAAGUCAGGAAAAAGGACAUCGAGAUCCAAAGGUUAAGGGAUAAAAUCAAAAAGUAUGAAGAUAUCAUCAGAGACAAGCGCCUUGAUGAAAGGGAGGCUUUGCAACAGAAAGUUUUUAGUCUGGAAGAGAGACUGGCAGAAAAAGAGGCAAAGAUAAUGGAACUUGACAAGGUCGUGAAACUGAAUGAGAAAGCACGCUCAAGAGAGUUGAAAGAGAAAAAUGACAAGUAUAAAAGAGCUUUGGAGGAACUGAAACGAUUGGAAAUGAUGCAGAAGGAUCUUCAAAAUCGGUUCAAGGAAAAAGAAAAGGAACUUGAAGUCCAAAACAUAUAUUCUCAAAGAAUACCAAUAAAGAAAAGGAUGAACAAGACACAGCCUUUGCCGAGCUCUAGAGCAGACGGUGACCUCACUUCAGUGAGAAGUAGAAAGUCCUCGAGUCCAACAUUGCGUGUCGACGAAACGAUUACUGACAGUGAAAAAGCGAGAGAAGAUUCGAACGGUGCAAACUCGCAGGGAAAUGGAGACUCGCAAAUAGAAACAAUGGUUAGCGCUUUAAGAAAGCAAGAGGAAGACCUAAAUGAAAUUCUUGAAGAGGAACGGAGCCGGCGAAAAUUAGAUGAAGACAGAAGGAGAUUGUUGGAAAUGGAAGAGAAAAUACGAGUUAAAGAAGAGGAAAUUAGAAAAGUGCAGAAAGAGAGACAAGAUGAUUUAAGAGCAGCGCAGAAACAGAUUGAUGCUGAAAAACAACUAGAUUUGGAGCGGCUGAGGGACGAGGAAAAAAGAAGGGAGGAAAGAGAGAGACGCGAGGUCGAAGAAAUAAGAAACAGAAAAGAGAAAGAUUUAGAAGUAAUUAAAGGAUUAGAAAAGGAACUAUCAAAUGAAAAAAGUAGCAUGUAUAAAUUGACCGAAGAUGUAGGGGCAAAUUUAAUUAACAGGCUUGAUGAUCAACGGGAGCGUAAAAAUUCACUUAUGCAGAAGAAUGACGAUAUAGAGGCGAAGGAGCAGAAGAAGGAAAAUCUCUUGGCAAGACUCAAGGCUAUUGAUACUGGAAGAAAUCUUGGAGAUCAUUCAGAAAGUACGGGAGCCGUGCCCAGACUACCGAGACCGGAAGAAAGCGGCAAGACAGGCAAGGUAAAAGGCAAACCAAUAUUUUUAGAAAGUAGUCGCGGAAACGAUGAGACAGAAGCUAGUCCUGUUAAGCAUCCACCUUUGGAUUUUCGGUUCCCAGAUAACAAGAGAAGAGGCAGUAAGGAGUACAGCUUUAAAAAGACAGAUGAGAAUCUUCACAAAGGAAUUCCAUCUCAAUCAGAUUUAACUGAAGGCAUUGGUGGCACAAAGAGAGAAAAAAGUGAUUUGAUGUUUGGCGAGUAUAAUCCAACUAUAGGGUCAGCUGGCAAAGACAGAACAUCAAGAUUUAGAAAAGAAGUUGCAAAGAAAAAUGACAAUGACGACCUAUUAUCCUUUGAAACUUCGACAAAAAAGAAGAAUAAUUCUGAAAAUUAUCUUUUUUUUGACACUAAGAAACCAACUGAACAAAAAUUUCCCUCCAAGGAAGAAACACCUGCUUCACAAGCGGAUACCAAGAGCAAUUCAUUUGAAGGCGGCAGAUAUUCAAAUGCAGGGGUAACCGAAAUUGAACGAAAAUUUAGUGGAAAAGGAAAAACCAGUUCACCAGGUUCAAGUAAAGCGCCAUUUGGUGCAUAUGUUCCAACUUUUGGAAACCAAAAUAAUGGAGCAGCAGACAUUUUAUCAUCCUCGGACCCUUUUGCUGAAGAUGGACCAAAGUAUGGUCGCCGGAGAGGACAACAGAAGAAAUCUAUUCUUGGUGACGAAGUGUCCUUUACUGCAAGUAGUGAAUCGAGAUCAGAUUCCGGAGUAAAGUCACUGCCUAACGGAGAAAAUGAGAGAAAGGAACAAUCUAUUACGACCACUGCAUUAAAAGCAGUUAACAGCUUUGUAGAUGAUGAUAUUGAGGAAAUGGUGUUGAUAUAGUACUGUUAGACACUAUGUGUAUUAUACAACAAACAAAUUAAACUUAACAAAGUUUGCAGAAAACUUCUUUACCCAAUUCAGUUUUCGUUAAAGUUUAUGAUUGCAUAGUACACUUUCUGAAAUGCAAUUAAGGGUUAAGGUAAUCUAUUUGAAAUAUUUACUUGCUUCAUAGCCUGUAACGAUACGGGUCAUUGCAACAUUGUGUUCUGAUCGCAUUUUGUAUAGUUAUGCAAAUAUCAGUUUUAAGGAGUUGCUAUUCUGCUAUUAACGCAGCAAUAUCUUAAACAUCUAUGUAUCAGAAGGAAAAAUAGUUUGGAUAGAAGGAUAGAUAGGAUCAUUUAACCAGUAUGUGGCAAAUAUAGAGCUUGCGUUUUUAACUUAUAGCAUUACGUCGGUGCAUUUUUUCAGUGAUGCACCAAACCAUGAUUUAAAAUAAAGGACACAAGGGCACAUAGUACCCUAACUAUGAAAAUUUAAUUCUUGCAAAUUUAUUUCCGGUAUAAGAUUUUCAGAGGUCCUCGCUCCUGUCAAGACUUCCAUACCAGCCUAACUGUGCUAUAUGUCGCCAUUUCAAUAUAAGUCAUCAUCAAAUAAAACAUCUAUGAGCGUAUAGUAUGUGCA